GACGAAAAUGUUCAGACAAAUGCAAGCCUUUGCGAAAUUGUGCAAUCUAUUUAUUAUUAUUAUUAUUAUUAUUAUUAUUAUUAUUGAAUAUAACGUUGUAAUGUUUUUUUUCUAUAACAUUAAUGAGCCAUAUUUUGAGUAAAGUAACGUUUUAUAUCCACAUCUGUAUAAACAGAAAUGCUGCGUCUUUGUUUCGUAUAUCAUGAAUCUUAUGCUGCAUUCGUGUGCUAUCGGAAUUAUCGUAAACACGAGCGGACAUUAGUCGUGAACGCGUCUCAAAGUAGUAUUUAAAUUCGGAAAUAAUACUGAUAUCAGAGUUUUCAGUUGGGCGGGUCACAAUCUUUAAACAUGGCGGAGGGGACAGUCAUUGGUGCCAACUACAUCCUUUUAUUGUCGCUAAAAUUGUGUAUUUAUAGGGUUAAGAUGAACGAUCCUUCAAAGCGUGUUUUAUAUGCGGGGAAAUAAACAUGUAACAUAUUUGACCUAACUUCCAGAAUGGUCAGCAAACUGGAUGUGUAGCGCGGUGAUUGUUUAUAAUAGUCGACCAGUGGGAUGCUACAUUUGAUUUUUUCCGACAUUAAAGUACUUGAAUACGACAAGCUCGUCACCACGACUUCAUAAGUGGGAAAUUUCCGAUAGCACGUAAAGGCAGCAUUAAACUCGAAUUCAUGCAUUCGCAAAAAGUGGUGGAAGUAACGGUGCUUUUCGAAAAAUGAGUCCGUUGAAUUGUUUCUCUAGCUAAAAAACUCACUGCAAGUAAAGAUGGCUUUUAUUAAAGAGGAGAGUGAAGAUGUGAGGAUUGAAGAAACAUUCAGAGUCAAACAUGAAGAUACUGAGGAACAAACAGACUUGAUGCUUCUGAAAGAGGAGAAUAAAAUGGAAGAAGAUCAGUAUGAGAAACAUCAUGAUUUUAUUACUGGAGAAAAAUCUUUUAGUUGCUCACAGACUGAGAAGACCUCACUUAAAAGAAAUCAGAAGACAGGAACAAGAAGUUCUUCCACUUGUCAAGAGUGUGGAAAAAGUUUCAGUCGAAAAGGAAGCCUUAACAUUCACAUGCGAAUUCACACUGGAGAGAAUCCUUUCACCUGCCAACAGUGUGGAAAAAGUUUCACUCAAAAAGGAAGCCUUAAAAUUCACAUGCGAAUUCACACUGGAGAGAAUCCUUUCACCUGCCAACAGUGUGGGAAAAGUUUCACUCAGAGAGGAAGCCUUAAAAUUCACAUGCGAAUUCACACUGGAGAGAGCCCUUACACUUGCACGGAGUGUGGAAAAAGUUUCAUUAGAAGAGGAAGCCUUAAAAGUCACAUGACAAUUCACACUGGAGAGAAGCCUUACACAUGCCCUCAAUGUGAAAAGUGUUUUACACGUAAAGCAACACUAAAUGCCCACAUGAAAAUUCACACUGGAAACAGUCCUUACACCUGCAAACAGUGCGGGAAGACCUUCUCACAAAAAGGAAAUCUUAAGACUCACAUGAGAAUUCACAAUGGAGAGAGGCCGUACAUAUGUGGUCAAUGUGGAAAGAGAUUCAGAAGUAAAGUGAACCUGAAUUACCACAUAAGGAUCCACUCAAGAAAGAACUGUUUUAUAUGUCAUCAGUGUGGAAGAAGUUUCACAGUGAGGAAGCUCUUUAAGAAACAUGUAAUAACUCACUCAGGGGAGAAGCCAUUCUCAUGUCUUAAGUGUGAAAAGAAAUUUACAUAUCAAAAAGACGUGAAACGUAAUUUGCAGUCUCAUUAUGGAAAGAAAGUGCAGCAUUCUGAAUGUGAUCAAAUGUUUAAAAAAAGGAGCAAUUGUAAAAAUAAUUUGCACAUUCACUCUAGAGGAAGGCCGUUUAAAUGUGAUCAGUGUAACAAAAAAUUCAUUUUGCCAUCACUUUUACAGAUACACCUGAAAAGUCAUGCAUAUGUUAAACCCCAUUUGUGUUCUUUGUGUGGGAAGAGUUUUAAAUGGCUCAGCAAUUUUAAAUGGCACCAGAAAAUACGUAUCUGUAUGAAAUAAAUGGAACUAUAACACCUGCAGCCGAUUGUGGGCCAAAUCUGAUUUUGCACCUUUGUGAUCAUUUGCAUUAGUCACCUGUUAAGGAGACUUGGAGAUAUUUAUUUUCUUGUCAGAUUAGAUCAGAUUAGAAUAGAUUAGAUUUAACUUUAUUGUCAUUAUGCAGAGUACAAGUACAGAGCUAAUUUGUCAUAAAUACAUAUUUCUUGUAUAUAUGAACUCCUGUAUUCAUUGCUGAGUCUUUAUUGUUUCAAAUAUUGAGAUAAUGUAGAAGGCACCCUCUAAUUUCAAACUGUAUGGUUGCAUUGCUUUAUUUCAUGUAAUAAAAACUCAGAAUCAAAAUAUUAGUUAGACUGCUGUCUUGCUCUAAAAUGCCACAAUGUAAAUGAUCAUUAAAAAGAUAUAAACAAAAUAAAUCAAACGAUACAGUGGAAUGUUCGAUAUUUAUUUGAGGGAAUUCACAGGUAAACAUUUGGGGUCCAACUGGAAUAUGGCUAUAGUUCAUAGUUUCAUAUUUUGAUAGCUGGUUUUCCACCUGCAAGUUGUGUAAUUCCUAAACAUUCUAGCAUUUUCAACUAAUAAAAUCACAUCAAAUCUC